AUGUUUGAGUCAGACGGGGAAACGGCGAUAGCCGGACCGAGCGUUCGCCUCGGCACCCCUGACCAUUGUCCAGCGAUGGCCGAAGCGCUAUCGGAUGACCACGAGGUCGAGCCCGAAACCCACGACGAGCCUACAGAUAGAUGCGAAGACAAUUCUAUCGAAAAGGCAAAUGAAGAUGCUAUUCAAAAAGAAAAUCAACACGCCGUCCAGAAAUGCCUGGAAAAGUGCAUCGAAACAGCCACCGAAAAGUGUGCUGAAGAGGCGCUGGAGAAGUACAAUGAGGACGCCAUUUUCAAAAUGCCUUCGAUACCUUUGAGAGGGCGAGGUCGCGGGGCUGGACCAGGAAGACCACCGAACGGCAGUCUCCCAAGGACAAAUGAGGAUUCACCAACUGGCGCUCAUGUCCCUGGGAGACCUGGUAGAAAACCUGGACGUGGACGGGCUGCAAAGAUCCCCAGUCCAUUCGUACCAAUCCGGAUGCCGGUCAAAAAAGAAAGAGCACCAUCUGAAGAACCAGAAUCUUUCAACCACGGCUUUUACUGCUCCCGAAGUCGAGAAUAUUUUGACUCUUUCGAAAUCCCGCACCGAGCAUCGCGGGUGCCGGAACCCGACGAGCUUUUGCCACCAAUCUCCGGAUAUAGCACGUUGGAGAAGCGGAAGUACAAGAAACGGAGACCGAAAAUCGAGAUGAUCCCAAUCAAAAUGGAAGCAUCAGAUGUUCCGAGUCUACUUCCGGACGGCACAAUAUUAGAGGCCGGAGAGGUGCCACCAAUUAUGAAUGGUUAUCCAAAUGGGAUGAUGAUGGAUGAUUCCGAUGACGAUUCUAUGAGUCCCAGCCCACCAAUGUUGUUGGAUCCGGAACCGUGUUGUUCCAAGAGCUCGGAUUCUGGAAUUGACGUCAAAGAGGAGCAAGAUCUUGAAACGAAAGAUACGACAGGUCGACAUGGAGGUCAUGACGAUCCAGCCCAUCAAGCCUUUGUUCAUGAAAUAAUCAUCGAUGAAUUCUCCUUGAUGCUUUUCACUUGCAAAGAAGACGAACGGACCUUCAACGACGAAUUUGAGCGGCUGAAAGAAGUGGCUCUCGAGGAAAAGAGGAAAAGAGCCGAGGAGAUUAAGGAAUAUGUCGCGGGGAUUAAGCAGAAAAUGGCAAAGAAAAAGCAACUAAUGGAUAAAGCCAUGCUGGUGACGGAGCGACUAGAGAAAAAAGAAACGCUCGCCAAAAAAGCUGUUGAAAUGGCGCGGAAUAAAUCGGAGCUCAAGCGGAUAAUACGAGACGUGAAGAAAAACAAGCUGCCGAUCAGCAAGGAGCUGAAAAUUCAGUGGAAACAUUUACUGUACGACGAACGGCUGUUGGAGAUUGAAAUUAAAAGAUACAAACAUCAGCAAGAGAAGAGGCGGUUCGAAAAAAGAAAGUUGUGUGGAAAGAAGCCAAGAAAGUCGAAGAAGAGAAAGGAACGGGAAAAGCGCGAGAAGAUGGAGCGCCGGUUCCGGGAGAAGGCAGCCCAAGCGGCGUUGCUGUCAGGAGGGCUGGCGUCUGCAGUGGCCACGGGUGGUGUGGGCCCAGUCCCAGGGCCUUUACCGCUCGGUUCGCCGCUCGACAAGGGCUCACCCAUCCAGACAUGCUCAUCUACCACAUCACCGCACUCAAAACGGGCACCAUCCGUUCCGUUAUGUGCUUCUCCGCUUGCCAAAACACCGCGGCUCGACGACUCGUUACGCAAUCACGCGGGCCUGAUGACGAAUGGAGGGUUGAAUGUACCCAUGGCCCCGGUGGCUUCUCCAUUCCUUUCAGUACCACCAGGAACAGCAAUGGCUCAACAGCAACCCGUCAUCCAAGGUUCACAUCUGGCGUCCGAUGCUGCGCGUGCUGGUCCUUCCGGUACUGGCCCGUCAAGUCUCUUCGUUCAUACAUCUACUCCUGGCCCAUCGCUACUACCUGGGAACCUAUUAGCUGCAGCAAGCGGACUUCCCGAACAUAUGCGGUCGAUGCUGGGAUUUGGUCUUGGACCCUACGGGAUGCCAAUCAUGCCCGGUUUCUUGCAACAGCAGAAUAACCAACAGGCCAUGCAGGCGGCCUUGGCGCAAAAUCCAGGACUCAUCCAGAACCCGAUGGCGCUCGCCCAAAUCGCCAACCAGUUGAUGGCAGCUAGUAUGGCGAAGCCUCUACACCCACCAGCGGCAAAGAAACCGGGACGCUGGUGCGGGAUGCACGUCAAAAUCGCAAACGACAUCAGUGCCUACCGACGGCAGCAGGCUGCUCUGCAAACUGCUCAAAAGACCUCGAUGCAACAAAUGGGCCUCCCAGGAAGCAUGCCAGGAUCUUCCCACGUUCCUCAACAAAGUAAUCCCAGCACACCUCAUCUGCCGCAACGCAGCGCCCCGCCAACUCCUCAUCAGAGUAUGCCGAGCACUCCUCGAGCCGGCCAGACCCCACAGACUCCCACCGAACAUCAGCCAAUGCCCAGCCUCCAGCCACAAAUUGUAGGCAAACCUCAGGAAUUGCCCAUGACACCCAAACGCCCACAGGCCCCCGCAAUGCUCCCCAACAAGCUACCCCAAUAUCCAAUGGGCGCCAAUCAGCAAACCCCCGUCAUUAGCAAGACUCCACAACCAGCCAAGCAACAGCAGCAGCAACAACAACAGCAGCAGCUUCAUCCCUCACAGGUCCAGAUCCAGAACAUCUACCGUGGACUCCCAGGGAACGACGAUGCAGCUGUCAGGCAGGCCAAUCAAGCUACCGCUGCAAUGCAAAUGGCCCAGAUGCAGGCACAGAACUUUGCCAAGGCACAAGCUGCUGCUCAGCUGGCCGUGCAAAAGAACCAAGGCCAACCACAGCAGGCGACUCUACAACCCAACUUUGGGCAACCAUUUGGACAAUAUCCGGGAAUGCUCGGGGCGAACGGGCCGCAGAUGAUGGCGAUGCGGGGGAAUCCACCCCCACAGAAGCCUCCACAACAGCCGAAUAUGCAACAACCGCAGAGAGCUCCUUCAACGCUACCUAAUCGAGGCCAACCUGGACCUUCUGGCAUGCAGCUUCCCCUGAACUUCCCUGGAGGACUACCGAUGAUGCCGCCAGCCUUUGGAGGGGCUUCCUUGACCAACGGCACUUCCGAUCAGGCGGCCCUCUUCGCGGCCCUGAACCAGCAGAACGCUCAACAGAACAUGUUCAACCCGGCCUAUCUGCUGCAAGCGCAACAACAACUGCAAGCCCAAGCCCUUCAAGCUCAGAUGCAAGCCCAACAACAAGCUCAAGCUCAACAGGCCGCCCAGGCCCAACCCGUCAUCCAAAAUGUGGCUCAACAAGCUGCGCUGGCUCAGGCUCAAGCUCAGGCUCAACAACAAGCUCAGGCUAAAGCCCAUGCCCAGGCUCAAGCUGCUCUGAUUCAGCAACAACAACAUCAGCAGCAACAACAACAACAACAACAACAACAACAACAACAACAACAACAACAGCAGCAGCAACAGCAGCAACAACAAGCCGUCCAAGUCUCACAGGCCAAUCAACUACACGCCCGACUUCUAGCCGAACAACAAAGCCAGCUGAUUCAGAUGCACUUGCUUGGUGCCUCGAUGCAGCAACAUCAACAACAACAGCAACAGCAGCAGCAGCAGCAACAACAACAACAGCAACAGCAGCAACAACAAAACGCAGCCUCCGGGGCAUCGGUUCUGAUGGGCGGCGUACCCACUUCUGCUUCUGACUCUAACUCUGGCCCACAAGGAGAUUUGAUUCGUGUUCUGGCUGCCCAACGCAGUGAGCAAGAGCGCCAGCAGCAGUUGAUGAGCCUGUUAAUGGCCCAGAAUCCGGGCAUGGCCAAUGGGAUGCUGGCCCAGCAAGCCGCAAUGUCACAACAAUCCGCCCAAGUCGCUGCCGCUCAACACGCUGCUGUGCAACAACAUCAACAACAACAACAACAGCAGCAGCAGCAACAUCAGCAGCAGCAACAACAGCAACAACAGCAAUUUGCUGCGGCGGCUGCUAGAAGUCAGGCGGACUUGACGGCGCUGCUCGCCCAGGCCCAGCGACCUCCACUCCCUCCAUAUCCUAUGCCUUCCCAGUAUGAUGGUCAAGCAUCUAGCAUUACACAACUCCAACAGCAGACCGGACUUCCAGGCCUUCUGCCGACGUCAAUGCUUCCCGGUCAGAUGAUGCCAAAUCUUGGGCUGAUGGGCCUGAAGGCGCCUUUCCCACCCGGAUUCCCGACUUCACUCAUCCCAAAUGGAGCCCCACUCCAAAACGGCGCUCCUCAGCAAAACGGCAACUCCAAUGACCAUGUGGAGACCCCUUCCAGCAGUCAUCAG